AUGCCGGCCCGGCCGCCCGGUUCCCACGCCGAGGCGCUCACCGGGAGAGGUCUCGGCUCGCCCCGGCGGGCGCUCAAGAGCGAGUUCCUGGUGCGGGAGAACCGCAAGUACUACAUGGAUCUGAAGGAGAACCAGCGCGGGCGCUUCCUCCGCGUCCGCCAGACCGUCAACCGCGGCCCGGGGCUGGGCUCCACGCAGGGCCAGACCAUCGCCCUGCCGGCCCAGGGCCUGAUCGAGUUCCGCGACGCCCUGGCCAAGCUCAUCGACGACUACGGGGUGGAGGAGGAGCCGGCCGAGCUGCCCGAGGGCACCUCCUUGACUGUGGACAACAAGCGCUUCUUCUUCGACGUGGGCUCCAACAAGUACGGCGUCUUCAUGCGGGUGAGCGAGGUGAAGCCCACCUACCGCAACUCCAUCACCGUCCCCUACAAGGUCUGGGCCAAGUUCGGCCACACCUUCUGCAAGUACUCGGACGAGAUGAAGAAAAUUUUUGGGAGCAGAGCAGAGAAGCGGGCUGCAUGCAAAGUGGUGUCAAAACGUUGUGACAAAACCAACAAGCAAACAAGCGAGUUCCAUUUUUAUUCCCGAUUCCUUCUGCUGUUGCCAUCUCCCGUGACACUUGCAACAAUGAAAGAGAAUUUCAGCCCCGAGCUCUUUUUCAAGCCUGUGGUUCCUUUUACUCUGCUCGCUCGCACAUGACACAGCUCGCUGGCACCGCGGCGCCUUGUGCGUGGGUUGCAAACGUGGCAAGGAGAUACGUACAGAUCGCUUAAAGCUAGCGAAGGUUAAGCUAAAUGGACUUCCAAAAUCCCAACCUUUUUUAAAAGCUGGUUUUAUCCAGAGCCU